GCGCUAACCACCACGAACAAGGGCCGUCUCAGCAUAACUGUGGUACCAAACUCUGUCAUCUCAGUCUAAUAAACCUAGACUUCCUUGAACCCAGACCUCGACACCUCUUACUUCUUUUUUUCCUACUCUGCUUGUUUUUUUCUCUUUCUGCAUCAAUGGCCCCAAUAAGAUCCGAUAGAAACCAGAAGCCAUACUCUCGGCCUCGCAAUUCAGAUGGUCCUUGGCUUCACGAUAGGGCCCCUCUUUCGUCUUUGGCUGCGGCAAUUCCAACAAGUGCAAACACCAAGCUCGUCGUGUCUAACUUGCAUUAUGAGAUUACGCCUAAAGAUCUGGUGUCCAUAUUUGGGCAGAUAGGCACGCUCGUGCGCGAGCCUCUAAUCAGGUACGAUCGCAGCGGCCGCUCAUCCGGUGUUGCGUACGUCUCGUUCGAGACGUCUACCGAGGCAAUACGAGCAAAGAAGCAGUUCCAUGGAAUGGCAGCAAAAGGUCAGUCAAUGGAGAUAGCGUUCGACACGGCUGCCCCACCUCGCCGCCCUCGUUCUGUCAGCAUGCCCGGUUCCAAGACGUCAUCGCUUCUCAACAGGAUCGAACGGCCUUCCUUGGCCGAGCGCCUAGGAUCUGGUGGCGAAAAGCAGCAGCAAGGCGGAUUCAGUCUUGGUCCUAUACGCACGCGUGCUAGGGCCCGUCCAUCGGCACCCAAGGCCAGUGCACCCAAGGUAGCACCCGCGGCUAAGACGAAGGCCCGUACGAAGCCGAAGACGGCGGAGGAACUUGAUCAGGAGCUGGACGCUUUCAUGGGCGAUGGUACACCCGAUGUUAAUGUAGGUGGUGCUGAUGAAAAGGGCGCUGAAGCAGUCGAGGAUGUCGAGAUGGUGUAAUGGUUUUCUACAAUUCUCAGGGUAUCGUUCUGUUUUUUGCUGAACGUGGUGUUUGUGAUGCUAUGUUACUAUACAUUUGUUUGCUAAAAGCACUUAGAAUAGUCCUUUUCUGUGCUAUACAUGUAC